CCGGGGACGGGGAAGAGAGGGACAGUCGGAGCGCGGUGGCGAGUCGCUGAGCCCUCCGCGGCCCCGAGAGCGGCUGCAGCCGCCGCCGCCGGGAAGGAGAGGGCGAGGCGCGCCCGAGCCGCCGUCGCCGCCGCCGCCGCCGCCGCCACCGCCGCCACCGCCACCGGAGUCGCGGGCGAGCCGGGCAGCCGCCGCGGGCCACGGCCGGGGCGGGGGGCGGGGGCCACAGGCCCCUCUGCUCCGGCCGCCGCUUGCAGACCGCGGGCGCCGAUGUCGCCCGCGCCCCGCUAGGCUGAGCCUCGGGUCGGGCGAAGAGCCGCCGCAGCCGCCGCCGCCCGAGCCGCGGGCAGGAGCCUCGGGAGCCGCCGCCGCCGCCGCCCGGCCGGGCCCCGCCGCCGCCCGCGCGCCCCCGGGCCCCCGACACACAUGAGAUUCUUCAGGCUCACUUUCAAGUGCUUCGUGGACUGCUUCUGACUGCGCCGCCCGCGCCCCGCACCCCGCCGCCCGCCCGCCGCCCCGUCCCCCGGCCCGGCCGCCCCCCGGCCCCCGGCCGGCCCGCGCCCUCGGGGCCCUCCCCGGUGCCGCCGGUGCCCCCCGCCUGACCGCCGUCCCCCGCGAGGCGCCGCGACCCCGGCCCGGCCGUGCGGCCCGCCGGGGCCAUGGCGAAGAAGAGCGCCGAGAACGGCAUCUAUAGCGUGUCCGGCGACGAGAAGAAGGGCCCCCUCAUCGCGCCCGGGCCCGACGGGGCCCCGGCCAAGGGCGACGGCCCCGCGGGCCUGGGGACACCCGGCGGCCGCCUGGCCGUGCCGCCGCGCGAGACCUGGACGCGCCAGAUGGACUUCAUCAUGUCGUGCGUGGGCUUCGCCGUGGGCUUGGGCAACGUGUGGCGCUUCCCCUACCUGUGCUACAAGAACGGCGGAGGUGUGUUCCUUAUUCCCUACGUUCUGAUCGCCCUGGUCGGAGGAAUCCCCAUUUUCUUCUUGGAGAUCUCGCUGGGCCAGUUCAUGAAGGCCGGCAGCAUCAAUGUCUGGAACAUCUGUCCCCUGUUCAAAGGCCUGGGCUACGCCUCCAUGGUGAUCGUCUUCUACUGCAACACCUACUACAUCAUGGUGCUGGCCUGGGGCUUCUAUUACCUGGUCAAGUCCUUCACCACCACGCUGCCCUGGGCCACAUGUGGCCACACGUGGAACACUCCCGACUGCGUGGAGAUCUUCCGCCAUGACGACUGUGCCAAUGCCAGCCUGGCCAACCUCACCUGUGACCAGCUUGCUGACCGCCGGUCCCCUGUCAUCGAGUUCUGGGAGAACAAAGUCUUGAGGCUGUCUGGGGGACUGGAGGUGCCAGGGGCCCUCAACUGGGAGGUGACCCUUUGUCUGCUGGCCUGCUGGGUGCUGGUCUACUUCUGUGUCUGGAAGGGGGUCAAAUCCACGGGAAAGAUCGUGUACUUCACUGCUACAUUCCCCUACGUGGUCCUGGUCGUGCUGCUGGUGCGUGGAGUGCUGCUGCCUGGCGCCCUGGACGGCAUCAUUUACUAUCUCAAGCCUGACUGGUCAAAGCUGGGGUCCCCUCAGGUGUGGAUAGAUGCGGGGACCCAGAUUUUCUUUUCUUACGCCAUUGGCCUGGGGGCCCUCACAGCCCUGGGCAGCUACAACCGCUUCAACAACAACUGCUACAAGGACGCCAUCAUCCUGGCUCUCAUCAACAGCGGGACCAGCUUCUUUGCUGGCUUCGUGGUCUUCUCCAUCCUGGGCUUCAUGGCUGCAGAGCAGGGCGUGCACAUCUCCAAGGUGGCAGAGUCAGGGCCGGGCCUGGCCUUCAUCGCCUACCCGCGGGCUGUCACACUGAUGCCAGUGGCCCCACUCUGGGCUGCCCUGUUCUUCUUCAUGCUGUUGCUGCUUGGUCUCGACAGCCAGUUUGUAGGUGUGGAGGGCUUCAUCACCGGCCUCCUCGACCUCCUCCCGGCCUCCUACUACUUCCGUUUCCAAAGGGAGAUCUCUGUGGCCCUCUGUUGUGCCCUCUGCUUUGUCAUCGAUCUCUCCAUGGUGACUGAUGGCGGGAUGUACGUCUUCCAGCUGUUUGACUACUACUCGGCCAGCGGCACCACCCUGCUCUGGCAGGCCUUUUGGGAGUGCGUGGUGGUGGCCUGGGUGUACGGAGCUGACCGCUUCAUGGACGACAUUGCCUGUAUGAUCGGGUACCGACCUUGCCCCUGGAUGAAAUGGUGCUGGUCCUUCUUCACCCCGCUGGUCUGCAUGGGCAUCUUCAUCUUCAACGUUGUGUACUACGAGCCGCUGGUCUACAACAACACCUACGUGUACCCGUGGUGGGGUGAGGCCAUGGGCUGGGCCUUCGCGCUGUCCUCCAUGCUGUGCGUGCCGCUGCACCUCCUGGGCUGCCUCCUCAGGGCCAAGGGCACCAUGGCUGAGCGCUGGCAGCACCUGACCCAGCCCAUCUGGGGCCUCCACCACUUGGAAUACCGAGCUCAGGACGCAGAUGUCAGGGGCCUGACCACCCUGACCCCAGUGUCCGAGAGCAGCAAGGUCGUCGUGGUGGAGAGUGUCAUGUGACAACUCAGCUCACAUCACCAGCUCACCUCUGGUAGCCAUAGCAGCCCCUGCUUCAGCCCCACCCCACCCCUCCAGGGGGCCUGCCUUUCCCUGACACUUUUGGGGUCUGCCUGGGGGAGGAGGGGAGAAAGCACCAUGAGUGCUCACUAAAACAACUUUUUCCAUUUUUAAUAAAACGCCAAAAAUAUCACAACCCACCAAAAAUAGAUGCCUCUCCCCCUCCAGCCCUAGCCGAGCUGGUCCUAGGCCCCGCCUAGUGCCCCACCCCCACCCGCAGUGCUGCACUCCUCCUGCCACGUCCACCCCCUGCCCACCUCUCCAGGCUCUGCUCUGCAGCACACCCUUGGGUGACCCCUCACCCCAGAAGCAGCAGUGGCAGCUUGGGAAAUGUGAGGAAGGGAAGGAGGGAGAGAUGGGAGGGAGGAGAGAGAGGAGAAGGGAGGCAAGGGAGGGGCAGCAGAACCAAGGCAAGUAUUUCAGCUGGGCUAUACCCCUCUCCCCAUCCCUGUUAUAGAAGCUUAGAGAGCCAGCCAGCAAUGGAACCUUCUGGUUCCUGCGCCAAUCGCCACCAAUAUCAAUUGUGUGAGCUUGGGUGUGAGUGCAUGCGUGCGUGAGUACGUAGAGUAUAUAUAGAUCUCUAUCUCUUAGCAAAGGUGAAUACCAGAUGUAAAUGGUGCCUCUGGGCAAAGGAGGCUUGUAUUUUGCACAUUUUAUAAAAACUUGAGAGAAUGAGAUUUCUGCUUGUAUAUUUCUAAAAAGAGGAAGGAGCCCAAACCAUCCUCUCCUUACCACUCCCAUCCCCGUGAGCCCUACCUUACCCCUCUGCCCCUAGCCAAGGAGUGUGAAUUUAUAGAUCUAACUUUCAUAGGCAAAACAAAAGCUUCGAGCUGUUGCAUAUGUGAGUCUGUUGUGUGGAUGUGCGUGUGUGGUCCCCAGCCCCAGACUGGAUUGGAAAAGUGCAUGGUGGGGGCCUCGGGGCUGUCCGCACACUGUCCCUUCGCCCACAAGUCUGUGGGGCAAGAGGCUGCAAUACUCCAUCCUGGGUGUCUGGGCUGCUAACCUGGCCUGCUCAGGCUUCCCACCCUGUGCCCUGGGCUGGGCACACCCCCGGGAAGGGACCCCGGACACGGCUCCCACGUCCAGGCUUAAGGUGGAUGCACUUCCCGCACCUCCAGUCUUCUGUGUAGCAGCUUUAACCCACGUAUGCCUGUCACGUCCAGUCCCGAGACAGCUGAGUGACCCCAAGAAAGGCUUCCCUGACACCCGGACAGAGGCUGGAGGGCUAGGGCUGGGUGAGGGUGGUGGGCCUGCGGGGACAUUCUUACUGUGCUAAAAAGCCACUGCAAACAUAGCAAUAAAAACAUGUCAUUUUCCAAA